AUGUCGAGGGCGAUGUUAGCGGUUGUUCCCUCUAUCGCCGCCGUCAAACCGGCACCGGAACAACCACACCGGAGUCAAGUCUCAAUAAAAACCCAGAAAAAGGCUUCCGGCAGCAGCACCGCCGGUUUCGGGGCCAAGAAAAGGGAACCUCUUUGGCAGUGCGUAAAGAAUUGCGGUGCCUGCUGUAAGUUGGACAAGGGUCCCGCUUUCCCCUCCCCUGAAGAAAUCUUCGACGAUCCUUCUGAUAUUCAACUAUAUAAAAGCUUGGUAGGCAUGGAUGGGUGGUGCAUCCAUUUUGAGAAAAGCACAAGAACAUGCUCCAUAUAUGCUGAUCGACCAUACUUUUGUCGAGUUGAGCCAGAUGUUUUUGAAACUUUAUACGGAAUUGACAAGAAAAAAUUCAACAAAGAAAAUUCAACAAAGAAGCUUGCAGUAGCUGCAUAG